CAUGAAGAUAACACCCACCACUGCAAGUGUUAUAGAAAAUCAUAAGGAGGACCAGAGUAUUGCAUCUUUCUCUGAUGAUGGGUCCUUCUUUGGCACUGGAAAGAAAACAACUUGUUGCUCUUUAAAGACAUUUAUAAUUGUCUCAAUGAUAAUGCUUGUCUUGUUGUGUUCUGUUUCUAUCUAUGUCUCUGUAUUUGUAUUGAUGAAUCAAUCAGUGGAUGAACUAACUGAAAAUGUUCUUGGUUUGCUUGAAGAAAAGAUGAGUGUUUAUAUUGACUCGGUUUUGAACGAAAUGAAAAAUACUGGCAUGACGAUGGCAGAUGGUAUAGGAAUUGGAAAACAAGGUAAACAGGAAAUUGUCUACUCUUAUCAACCUCCUGGUUUCAUUGGCUCAAUUCGUGAUACCUAUUUGUUGAAUGGUACUCUUCUUGUGUUAAAUGAAACUAUUGAUUAUACUCCUUACAAUGUGGCAAAGAAGGACUUUUACUAUGUUGCUGUGAGUGAAGCAGCUAGAAUUGGGAAGGAGGGAGCUUUCAGUUAUCCUUACAUUGUUACAAACGGAACCUUGUCCAUUUCAUUUGGUGCCAAGGUGUAUGACCAACAAUUAUUCGCUCAAGGAACCAAACAUUUGAAAGGUAUUGCAAGAAUUGUCAAGCCACUUUCUGGUAUUAGUGAUUUUCUUGAGAAGAAGGUCCAAGUCUUCGACCAAGGUUUUGUAAUUAUCAAAGAAAGCUCAAACGACUAUGUAAUAGCUGGCAGUAUCAAUUGUACAACAUUUGAUGAAAAGUCAAGAUUGAGUAUUUUUGAUAUUUCGGCUAGAAAUGCAGGCAAGUUAAUGAAAGAUAUCAAUUCAACUAUUGGUGAUAUCAGUAAGCUACCAAAAGGUACUUCAAUUUCCUCAAAUGGUGUUGAUUAUCUUGUGCGACAUGUUGUUUACGAAUUUGAAAAUAUCAAAUGGGAUAUGUAUGUCAUUGUAGUAACACAAGAUAUUUUGCAAACCACUCACAUUAGUAUUGGUGUUUCGGUUGGUGUUGCCGUUUUGAUUACGCUUAUUG